AUGGCAUGCUGCUUCAUGUGGUACCUUUCUUCUUCCUUGUCCAGCAACACAGGAAAACAGAUUAUGAAUCUAUUCAAGUAUCCAGUAACGUUGACCUUUGUUCAGUUCUUAUUUGUCGCCUGCUGGUGCUUUAUCGUCGAGAAUUUUGUUAGUUCAAGAAGUAUCAAGAAGCCAACUAGACAGAUUAUAGAAACAAUUGUUCCUUUAUCUCUAUUUAUGAUUGUGGGGCAUAUAUUUUCCAGUAUAUCCAUUAGCAAGAUUCCUGUAAGUCUAGUACAUACAAUCAAGGCAUUGGCUCCACUUUUUACCGUCAUGUUUUAUAGAUUUAUCUUUCAAGUUAGAUAUUCAUCUCAAGUAUAUACAGCAUUAAUGCCACUUACACUCGGAGUCAUUUUGGCAUGUUCAUUCACAUUUUCUAAAAAUAUCCUGGGCCUCGCUUGUGCACUCGCAUCAUGUCUUGUCUUUGUAAUGCAAAACAUAUUUAGUAAGAAACUGAUAUCAAGAGAGAAUAGCAAGAUUGGAGACUAUAACAAACUAGACAAGAUGAACAUGAUGUUCUAUUCUUCUUUUAUCUCAUUUACGCUCAUGAUACCUCUCUGGAUUUAUUCGGAUGGAUAUCACUUGUUGAGUGGUAGCCAUGACAACAGUCAAGGUAUCAACAUGACAUUGAUUGGUUACUUUUUGUUGAAUGGUACAACACAUUUUGCUCAGAAUUGGUUUGCAUUUACUACCCUCAGCCUAUCAUCGCCAGUCACUUAUUCUGUUGCUUCACUUGUCAAGCGUAUAUUUGUGAUUGUGAUGAGUAUCCUCUGGUUUGGACAGACUGUAUCUAUUACACAGGGCUUAGGUAUACUGUUGACCUUUUUAGGCUUAUACAUGUAUCAAAAGGCCAAGCAGGAAGUAGACAAGCGAGAAAGUAAACUUAAUAAUAUCGAACUAUUACCUACAACAACAGCUAUAACAAAUAAUAAUAAUAAUAAAGUCUUAUAA